UACCCUCUUUUGGUAAACAACUCUUAGCCACCCCCUCCCCCCAUUCACCUAAGCUCACCAUCUUCCAUCAUUACUUAUAUAUAUACAUAUAGAAAGAAAAGGGUUCUUAUUUAUGUUAGCCCUUUUUAAUAUACUUAGUGGGGGGGGAAGAAAAAAAAAUGAAGAGGUCACCGAGUUGUUCUUCUUCUUCUAAUUCAUGCUUUGCAUUGCCAUCACCAUCAUCAUCAUCAUUAUCACCGUCACCGUCUUCGUCAUCAUCAUCAUCUUCAUGUGAGAACCCUCAUGAUCUAUCAGAGAAACCCAAGGCUAAAAGGGCUAGAAAACAUCAAAACACUGAUAAUAAUGCUUGUUUGAACAAUGCUAACAACAAUAGCGGUAGAAGGAGCUCUAUUUACAGAGGAGUCACCAGGCAUAGAUGGACUGGGAGAUUUGAGGCUCACCUUUGGGACAAGAGUUCUUGGAAUAAUGUUCAGAACAAGAAAGGAAGACAAGUUUAUUUAGGGGCUUAUGAUAGUGAGGAGGCAGCGGCUCGAACCUAUGAUCUUGCGGCUCUCAAAUAUUGGGGGGCGGAAACGAUACUGAACUUCCCGAAAGAAAGAUAUGAAAAGGAGAUGGAAGAAAUGAAGAAGGUGACAAAGGAAGAGUACUUGGCGACUCUACGACGUCGCAGCAGUGGGUUUUCUAGAGGAGUUUCUAAGUAUCGUGGGGUAGCUAGGCAUCACCACAAUGGGAGGUGGGAAGCCCGAAUUGGUCGAGUUUUUGGGAACAAAUAUCUCUAUUUAGGGACCUAUAAUACACAAGAGGAAGCAGCAGCAGCAUAUGAUAUGGCAGCAUUGGAGUAUAGGGGGGCCAAUGCCGUGACCAAUUUCGAUAUUAGCCAUUACAUUGAACGUUUGAAGCAGAAAGGAAUUUUGUUAGUAGAUCGAACGGAAGAACAAAUUCCCAACCCCGAUGAAGCUCGACGAGUAGAAUCCAAAGAAAAUGGACCACAGCCGCUGCAGGAGCAGCAAGAACAGCGGGAAAAACAGGAACAAGAAUUGAACCAAGAAGAGGCCGAAAAAUCUCAACAUUUUCAAUACAUGCAAAUGCAGCUUCCUCUAUGCAUUGAUAGUCCGAUGACAACAAUGGCCGGUAUUGAGCCUACUGAUAGUAAUGAACUAGCAUGGAGUUUCUGCAUGGAUUCCGGGUUGACAUCGUUUUUGGUCCCGGACAUCCCUCUCGAUGGAACCGCUGAAUUGCCAAACUUGUUUGAUCAUGAUGCGGGAUUUGAGGAUAACUUCGACUUGAUAUUCGACGUAGGGCCGCCUAACAAAGAAGAGGCUAAUCGGAAAUGCAUGAUGGAUGAAGAUGUGAUUGGAGUCGGUGUUUCCAUGAACGUGGAAGACGAUAAUAGGAAGGAGAGAUUGUCAUCACUGUCUUCAGACUCUCCGUGUUCAUCGACAACCUCGGUUUCUUGUAACUACUCUGUUUAAUGGUUGAUGUUUCGGGUUAAGAGUUUCGGAUAAUUCAGAGUUUGUUGUUGGAAAUAUGUUGUGGGGUGGAUGGAUGCCAAAGAUUUAAAAUAUCUUUGGUUUUUGUUGUUUGUUUUUGUUGUUUUUAAUGCAUUUUCUUCUGUUUAAUUAUAUUGAAAAAAGGAAAAGACAACCUGUUUUUGUUUGA